AACGCUCUCUUCACAAGCCAAACAGCGCAGGCGACAGUCUUCUGUUUCCCUCUCUCAUAACCUUAUGCGCGACUUUGAGCUCCGCUUUUAAGUGACACGUUUUCGCGUCUUUAUACUGUAAUCGUGCUUUGACAGUGUAAAAUUUUAUAUUAAAUUGUCGGAGAAUUGUUAUUAGUUCAAAUUGAGGACAAAAUUACGUUCGGUAAUAAGUGUUUUUCGUGUAAACUGUCGUUCGCUGUGUCUUGAACAUUUUAUUUGGUUGCGCGUGACGCGUCAAGGCCACGCGAGAGUGUGUGAAACGCGUAGGGACGGAGAGAGGGAAAAGGGCGAAAAAAAAACUGCAAUCCUCGUGUUACACGUUUCGCAUCAAGUACACGUUGAGUACAUACACAAAGUUAGUGUUGUUGUUGUGAAAUAAAGAAAAGAAAAAAAGUGUUAUUCUAACAAUUUACAAGAGCUCUGGUAUAAACAGUGAUUCGUAAGAGACGCAUACAAGAUUUUUCAUGGUGACCGACUCAGUGGUGUUUCGGUAACGAAGGAUAGUUGGAAGUCUCUUCUCUACCUAUGUUGUGCGGAGAACUCUUGAACGGUGGCUUCGUGAGUGCAGGAGCGGUUCCUGCGGUACCCUACGGUCUUCUUGGGCUUUGGAUACCAGGCUGCGUGCGAGCAACGAGUCCACGACUUCUUACAUCACCUUAUUUAACGCUAGUGGCCGAAUUAUUGGCCACCGGCUCUUUGGACCAACAACAGCUUCAGUGUCAGAACCUCGCAGACAUGGAUCUUGUGAGACUUAAUCAACACUUAAAUACCAACAACCAGUCUGCUGAUCUUGACCUUGACCUCGACAAUGACGAGAGUGUUUUUCUUGAAAACGGUCUUCUCUCCUUCGAGAACCCCAACUACCAUUUGGAGUCAGCCCGAUUUGAUGAUGCACUUAAUAGUAAUGGCACAGCAAACUCGCUGUUUGAUGAGUUUUACCCUGAGUUGGUUGUCAGCGGUGGUAGAAGAGAUGAGGUCACAGGUGGUAUAGGCAGUGGUGGCACAAGACCUGCAAGGAGGUUUUAUUGUGCACUAAAUCUUGGCAGCAUGGGCGUCGAUGUCACUCAAGGUCCUCUCACUCAGAACUCAGUGACUGCGGAAACGCCAGACAAUACCGCUAACCACAAUCUCGGGUAUGGCAGCGAGGGUGCGGAUGUAGCCGAGUCGACGCUGGUUGAUGAUAAUCUCAACGGGAAUUCUCGACCAUCAUCCACGGCCCUGUCAAAUGUUUCCGUAACCCUCGAUGCCGGUGGUUCCGACCUCAGAAAUUAUUGUGAAAAAGCUGACAACGAUCUAACGGAGAUGGGUGGCGUACCACAUGUAGAGGAUGGCCUGAAUAGUGAUGUUUACAGUGUGCCGGUGAAACGUAGACAACCUAAAGAUCAAAUAAUUACAAAUCAAUCACAAAAUUCAACAGAAAAGUCCGAGAGUCCUGGAUCUGAAGACAAGGAUGAAAACCUACCAGCAGGUUGGGAGAAACAUGAGGACAAGGAUGGCCCCUACUACUGGCACAUUAAGAGUGGAACCAUACAAAGAGAACCUCCAGAGGCAUCACUCAACUCCAAGACUGAAAAUCGUAGGAGCCUCGUCAAAGACAACGAUAGUAUUAAUAAUUUCCACACAUUGGGUAACAUAAUCAAUACAGUGACACGUAGCAACACAAGUUCUGCAUUAGAUCAAGAAGCAGAAAAUAAACGAAAAGAAGAAUUAGCACUGAAGAGAAGAAGUUUCCCAGCUCGAGCGGACUCUGAGGGAAGAGACAAACCAAUAAGAUUUGCAGUUCGAUCUCUCGGUUGGACAGAAAUUGCUGAGGAAGAUUUAACCCCAGAGAGAAGCUCUAAGGCAGUAAAUAAGUGCAUCGUCGAUUUAUCUCUAGGAAGGAAUGAUCUCUUAGAUGUUGUUGGACGAUGGGGAGAUGGCAAAGAUCUCUUUAUGGAUCUUGAUGAAGGAGCUCUGAAGUUAAUUGAUCCUGAGAAUCUUACAGUACUCAACACUCAACCAAUCCAUACUUUAAGGGUAUGGGGUGUAGGUAGAGAUCAUGGACGCGAGAGGGAUUUUGCAUAUGUGGCAAGAGACAGAUCGACUCGGAAAUUUAUGUGCCAUGUAUUCAGAUGUGACAUACCAGCUCGUACAAUUGCCAAUACAUUACGUGAUAUCUGCAAAAAAAUUAUGAUCGAACGAUCGCUUCAUCAAAACCUCGCCAAACCAGUAGACAUCAAUGGUAGAACUAGUUUAGCCACGAGACCAACAAAUUUACCUACAGAACAUCGUCGUUUCCAUAGAAAUGACCAACCACUUGUUACGCAAUCGUUUCCAACUCCAAUGGAAGAGCCAAAAAAAGUCCUGCGAGCACAAUAUUUAGGCUCGAUGCAAGUGACUGCUGCGACAGGCAUGGAAAUUUUGAACGAUGCGAUAGACCACAUGGUUACAAACACUCCGAUAAAUCAGUGGCGAAAUGUGAACGUAGCUGUCGCACCUAGCAUGAUCUCUAUACUGACACCCAAUGAUGAAAAACUGAUAACAGAGUGUCGUGUUCGUUACCUGUCUUUCCUAGGCAUUGGAAGAAACGUCAAACAAUGUGCAUUUAUCAUGCACACAGCCCAAGAUUUAUUCAUAGCACAUAUUUUUAAUUGUGAACCCAGUAGUGGUGCUCUUUGUAAAACAAUCGAAGCUGCCUGUAAGCUAAGGUACCAAAAAUGUCUUGAUGCUCAUCCACAAGGUUUUAGAAAUGCUAAUAAUCUUAGUACCCCUAGUGGUCGAGGAAUUGGAGCAACUCUUAAAUCUCUUGUAGGUUCUCUAACUGGAAGAAGAAAUAAACAGAGUGAAUCCUGAGAUGAGGCUCUCUCGCUGCAGAAUUGAUGAUGUGGAGUGUAUAGUUAAAUCAACCAAGCCGAUCGAUUCGCCAGGAACUAUGGCCGUUGCCUGCCGAGCGAGAGGUGAUCCGACAUAGGCAUCUGCAAUCCCCAUUGACACUUAAAUACUUUGGGAGCUCUCCAUCUAGUGCAUCCCUAAGGUCUCUGCUCUCACCGUCAUUGGACACAAGACGUAUUCAGCUCGCUCGUUGGGAGAGUAAUCCCUAAGCACUCAUUGUCUAUCUGCGUAAGGCACGUAAAUCAAUGCAGAAAAGGAUAAACUCAAGGGAAAUAAGACUAGUAAAUGAAAUAUCACGCUUAUCGUGAUUUAUUGUACGCCCACCUUUUAUAAGGCGUUGAUGAAAAAAAAAUAAAUAAAAAAAUAAAUUUAAUGAUAAAAUAAUAGUAUAAAUAAUAAAUAAAUUAAAUGCUACAGUUGAUGAGAGAUUAAGCUUGAAAUACGUCGAUAUGAUAUUCCUAUGUUAUGUCUUCGAACUUCAUACGACGCCCAAAGUGUUGCUUGUCCUGAGAUAAUAAUCCAUUAGUUUUCUCACGUUAUAGAGAAAAUAAUGGACGCUAUCAUUGCUUAAUUACAAAGAGUGAAUGUGAUUUAUCAGAGUGAAAAUAAAUGUCUGUACAUAAAGGAUAUAAAAAUAUGAUAAAUGGAUUAAUAUUAUUCUUAUGAUUAUUAUAAUAAUUAUUAUAAAGAAUUAAUCUCCAAUGUGAGAAUGUCAUUAUUUAUAUUCAAAAAGCAUUCUAAGGAGCCAUAGAGAGCUUAUCGUGAAUAAUACAUUGCAGUGUAUGUAAUCUUGAGUGUACAGACUUAAAGAAGAAAAUUUUACUUUUUUUUUUAAAGAAAAAAAAAAUUAUAAAAAACAAAAAUAAUUCCAAACACCUUAUUGUUAAACCACAGAAAGACACUUAACAAUGACAACUAUGACAUUCCUGUAAAAUCAUUAAGUAAAGAACCUAUUUCCUACUUACCCAGCAACAUUUUAACUUGAGUACUCAUGUACACAUACACGAAGAAAAAUCACAUAUAUUAUAGGAAACUUAUUUUUUAUGCCAAAUAAUAGGUGAGCUUGCGUAAGAAGUGAUAUGACAAAUAUUAGCACGACUUUUAGUCGUAGAGUAUAAUUAUUAAUCGAGAAAAUAUUAUGAAACACGAAUACGUUAUUAUUAUCAUUAUAAUUAUAAUUAUAAGAAUAUUAUUACUGUCAAUAAUUAUUUUUAUUAUUAAUGUAAAAUGUCUAAAAUGGCAUUUCGAUUAGUAAAAAAAAAAUGUUUAAAUGUUUUCUCGGAUAAAUAAUGUUUGUAAUAGUCCAUUGUAAACUUGCGUAUACAUUAAUCGUUAAAAAAAAUACUGAUAUAAGAUAUAAGAUAAUAUAAAUUUACAUACAACCACACAAAACAUAGAAACAUUACACAUAUACAGUUUGAAAUGAGUCUGAAAAUUAAAUAAGAGUGUUAAGCACUUUGGAUUUCGCUAUUUCGACGUUUGUAACAAUCAUUACUGUCCAAAAUGUUAUUACAAAGAGAUUUGAAAUGAUAAAUAGUCAAUGAGAAAGAUAAUUGCUAUUCUAGCGUCUUUUAUACAAUCAAUUAUUGAGAGUUCAUCGUUUAUAGUAAGUUAUAAAAAAGAAUUUGAAUAUGAUAUCGAAGUAGAAAAAUUCGAAAUGACAUAAAGUAAAUUGAAAAUUGAUGAAAAAUGCUAUUAAAUGUAUAAGAGAGUAAGUGAUGCAUUCUAAACUUGUUUGAAAGGAAUCAUAAGAGUAAUACAAUUCUAGUAGCACUUGAAAUUACGAUUAUCUAAAUACUGAACGAAUUAAAGAUCGUAAUGUGUAUGUGAAAUCUUGUAUGAACGAAUGAUAUUGUAAAUAUGACAUGCUAAUGCCCGCCUUUAUAAUAAUUUUAUGUUAAGAAAGAAAGUGAGAAAAAAAAUGAGAAAGAAACUUGUCAGAGAUUGAUAAAAAGAAAAAGGUACAUUCGACGUUCGGCGCGCGCCAACGAGUAAAUUUAUAGUGACUAUGAUAUUAUGUAAUAUUAUGUAAUAUCGGGGACAAGAAGAGAAUAAGCGUUAUAAUCGCCAGGUAUUGGCUAUAGAUGUAAUGCAAAUUACCUCGGCUAUACUACAUUUUAUAUUCUCUAGCGUAAUGUGACGUGCGAUGAACACAUUGAAUCUUUUUGAUUUUACUAUUAAGCUCUUAUAAAAGUCACAUUAAUUAAUAGUUAUGUUGGUUUACUUUUUAAUUUUAUUACGUUCAUUUUUAAAAUAAAAUGAUAAUAAAAUAUCUCAGCUCAACUGCUGAUGAAAAUAUUUAUUCUAUAAAAAUUGUGAAGUGUAAUUUGGGCUAUAAUUUUUGAAAUCGUGAUACUGAUUGUAAAUGUAGAAAAAUUGUUAGUUUUUAAUUUUAAUCUGAAUCGAUUAUAAAAAUGAAAAAUUUAUUAAAUAAUUAUAUUCAGUGAAUCAUAUGUCACACACGCUAAUUGAUACGCCGUUAAUGUAUUCCUAUAAAAUUAGUAAACGAUUAAAAUUUCGUUCCUUCCAUUCUUCAAUCGUGUGGAUAAUAAAUAAAAUUUAAAUAACUAAUCCGGGAAAAGACGUGGAUCCUAUAGGAAAAUAAAUAUAGGCGUGGGAUGAGAGGACGUUUGCAAGUGAUACAAUAUAACUAAGUGAUAAUAAUCGUGAUAAGCCGUGUUAAUCAAUGAUACGAUAAAUAUUCCCGCCUAUGUCAACAAGUAAAAUAAAAAGUUAUAUUACAAUUAAACAUUUCGGCUCAGAAUAAAUGUGAAGAAUGUCUGUAAAUAUUUUGCAUAUGUGUUUCAGUGUGGUAGGAAAAGAGACGAUUAAGGAUUUGCACUAUUGUACGAGAUAUAAAAGAAAUUAUCGAAGAACAAAAUGAAAUUAAAUGGAAAGAUAAAUGAAGAUUGAUAAAAAAAAAUGAGAUACAAAAAAACUAUCAAGAACAUUUACACUCACAUAUUCACAUAUUAAACAAAAAUACACACGCGCAUUAGUUUAAUUGUUUGUUAAUAAGUGUUGAAAAAUUUUUUUGAGACUUAUAAGUCUCAUUAAACAACAUAUUAACAAAAAGAAUGUUGAGUAAAAAAAAGUGGUAUAAAAAAUGUGAAAGAUGAUUGACAACCACUGUAACUGAUGAUACUAGUGUUAGUAAUGAAAUUAUAUAUAUUUAAUUGUGACAUUUAAUAAUCCUUUAACAGUAAAUGAUUAAAAAAUACAAAUGAUAACACUACCAAUAGUAAAAAAAAAUGUUAUUCUGCACAAAAAAAUCACGAAUGCUUCAUCGAUAAGUAUAGUGACUCGAAAUAAUAAACGUACCUCUCUCUAUUGCCCCGUCGACACAAAGAUCGGUCGUCGAUCGAAAAUUCCUUAAUAUUCAUCAUGAAGAUUGUCAUCCACUGAAUUAAUCAAGCAUUUCAUAAAUUGCAUUUAAAUCUACAAUAAGAUCACCGUCAUUUUCUCGUCCUAUAUUUGUAACAAACUCUUAAGAUAAUAAUCACUGAAUUUAUUCGAGUAAAGUUGAUAUUUUGAAUCACUUAUUCGAAUGAACGAUGUAUGGUAAAAAGCUAUACAAGUAUGAAGGAAGAAGAUAAAUAAUAAUAAAAGAGUGUUAAUUUGAUAUGCACCCACCCAAUAUACACAUCCAUUCAUAUGAUGCAUAGUCAAAACGACCGAUUAUUGUAACAGACGUAAACCAAAAAAUAUUAUAAAGCAAUCGAAUGAAACAAUGUAGCUACACCCGCCUCUUGUGAAUAAAUGCCUAUUUGUUUCUUUUCAGAAAA